GAUAAUUACAGUAAAGUAAGUGCCUUUAAACCAAUCACGACGUUAUGUAAAGUGUGUGGUGUGAACACUGGUGAACUGUGAAGUUUUGGUUAAAUAUUGACAUAUAUGACAUGUCAAUCGUCUCCCGUCGUGUCGGAGAACCUAAUCAUCAACAAGUAAAGUUUUAUUCACAAGAACUUACUGUAUAAUUUCAGUUCUGUUUUACACACUUACCAAAGAUGGCGUCCUUUCGCGAAGGAGCAAUGUAUGGCAAAGAAGACUUCGUUCUUCUUGAUGAGAUUGAAAUGAAUGCCUUCAUGGCAAACUUAGAAUUACGAUACAAAAAAGAAAGAAUAUAUACAUAUAUUGGUGAAGUUCUUGUGUCAGUAAAUCCGUACAAAACAUUGGAUAUUUACGGCAAAGAUAAAAUUGCUGAUUAUUCUGGAAGAGAACUGUACGAAAGACCGCCUCAUAUAUUUGCCAUAGCCGAUGCAGCUUAUAUCAGCAUGAAAAGAAAAAGCAAAGACACAUGCAUUGUCAUCUCAGGUGAAAGUGGUUCAGGAAAAACAGAAGCUUCUAAAAUCAUCAUGAGAUAUAUUACAGCAGUUACAAAUGUUAGCAAACAACAAGAGGUUGAAAGAGUAACGAGCUUAUUGCUACAGUCUAAUCCGUUACUUGAAGCUUUUGGAAAUGCAAAGACAAAUCGAAAUGAUAACUCAAGUCGUUUUGGAAAGUACAUGGAUAUAAAUUUUGAUUUCAAAGGCGAUCCAGUUGGUGGACACAUUAAUAACUAUUUGCUUGAAAAGUCUAGGGUUAUAAAACAACAAAAAGGAGAAAGAAAUUUUCAUUCAUUUUAUCAGUUGAUUUAUGGUGCAAGUGAAGAAACAUUGAGAUCGUAUGGUCUUGUUCGAGAUGCUUCUAAAUAUCAUUACAUCAACCAGGGUGAAAGCAAUUCAGUUAACACAAUCGACGAUAAGAAAGAUUAUGAUGUGGUGAAUAAAGCUAUGAAAAUGAUUGGAUUUAGUGACAGAGAACGUGAUACUGUAUGGAAGCUGGUUGCUGCAAUUAUUCAUUUGGGUAACUUAGAUUUUCGUAUGGAAAAUGACGAAGUGAUGACUGAAGAUAAAGGAUUACUGUCUACCCUUGCCAAGUUGUUAAAUUCAACAGUUGAAGAAAUAAAGAAGGCAUUGCUGUAUCGUAUUGUUGCCGCUCGAGGUGAGAUCAUGGAAAAAGGGCAUUCUGUUGAUGAAGCUUAUUAUGGACGUGAUGCAUUAUGCAAGGCAAUGUACGAUAGACUGUUUUCAUGGAUAGUUAAAAAGAUCAACAACGCCGUUGAAGUUAAGGAUAUCCGUCAUGGAAAGUGCACUGUCAUUGGUGUUCUUGAUAUUUAUGGCUUUGAAAUCUUUGAAGUGAAUGGUUUUGAACAGUUUUGCAUCAAUUAUUGUAAUGAAAAACUACAACAACUUUUUAUUGAGUUGGUUCUCAAACAAGAACAAGAAGAAUACAAAAAAGAAGGAAUUGAAUGGGUUGAGGUUAAAUACUUCAACAACAAAAUAAUUUGCGAUUUGGUCGAAUUAAAUCAUAAAGGUAUUAUAUCGAUAAUGGACGAAGCCAUUAUCAGUGUUGGAAAGGUCACAGAUGAAAUGAUCUUGCAUACGAUGGCAAAACUUAAAGGUCAUGAACAUUAUUCUAGUAGACAGACUCAACCGUCGAAUAAAAGUCUUGUUCAUAAUCAAGAUUUUAAAAUUCAACAUUACGCUGGUGAUGUGAUAUACAAUGUAAACGGAUUUUUGGAUAAAAAUAAGGACACGCUCUUCCAGGAUUUCAAGAGACUUUUGUUCAACUGCAAUCAGUCGGCCCUAAAACAAAUGUGGCCUGAAGGAAAAGAAGCAGUUACAAAGGUUACAAAGAGACCUCCAACAGUGGCUACACUUUUCAAAAAUUCCAUGAUCGCUUUAGUAGAAAACUUGAUGAUUAAGGAGCCACAUUAUGUUCGUUGCAUUAAACCAAACGAUAUCAAGUCUGCGUCCAUGUUUGAUGAAAAUCGAGUAAAACAUCAAGUUGGCUACCUUGGUUUGUUGGAAAAUGUCCGAGUUCGACGAGCUGGCUUUGCUUACAGGCAGUUGUAUUCAAAAUUUUUAUCACGAUAUAAAAUGAUCUGCUCCAGUACCUGGCCAAACUAUCGAGGCAAUGAAGAUGGUGUUAAAGCGUUGCUUAAAGAUGUGUCGCUUGAUAGCGAUGCAGAAUAUGGCAAAACGAAAAUUUUUAUUCGCACUCCUCAAAGUAUAACUACUUUAGAAGAUAUGAGAAGUACAAAAAUACCUCAAAUUGUUCUUCUUCUUCAAAGGAAUAUUCGUGGUGGCCUUGCGAGGCGAUACGUAAAGAAACUACGGGCAAAGAGGACUAUUAUCGCUUGUUAUCGACAUUGGAAGAUGAAAGUUUAUCUAAAUAAAGUCAUCAAGUCCUUCGGAAACGUUCGCUCAAUGCCUGAUCUCGGCAAAAGUGUAUCUUGGCCACCCCCGCCAAAGUCUGUGGCUGUAUUUAUUAAUCAACUUGUGGUUGUCCACCAAAGAUGGCGUGCAUGGAUGAUAAUAUCAAAAAUACCCAAAGCUGAACGAAAAGAAGUUCAUUUGAAGGCUUCCGCAGCAGAAGCUCUUGAUGGAAGACGACGAGAAUGGGGAUGUCGACGACGUUGGAAAGGCGAUUACAUGUCCUUGAAUAAUGAAAAUAGAACCGCUGAUAGAUUCAGCUUUUUGAUGGAAACAUACAAAGUUAAAUAUCAGUUUCGCCAAAUUUUGUUUUCUUCACAUGCAAAGAAGGUCAAUCUUCACAGUCAAGUGUCUGAUAGAAUUAUUCUUUUUACGGAUUCUUGUAUUCUAAAACUGAACCAAAAGUACAAAGUUUUAAAAAGAUUAGGAUAUUACGAGUCAACUGGCAUAUCAUUGACAUCAGGGAUUGAUCAGUUGUUGGUGAUUAAGUAUCCAGGAAAUGAUCUUGUCAUGUGUUUCUUUAAUUCUCAAAAAGAAGAUCGCGUGACUGAAGCUUUGGCUGUCGCGUUUCAGAGCAUUAGAAAGGCAAAAAAGGAAACGCCAAUGGUAAAAGUUGUGAGUGAAAUUGAUUGCGUUCUUGGUGGAAAAAGUAAAACGAUUCUCGUUCAUCCAACACCAAAUAUAAAAUUCCCAAAUUUCAAGAAGAGUGGAAAUCAUGAUUUAAUACUGCAGGCAGUACAAUAGGUUAUUUCAUUUAGAAAUUGUAAAAUAAUAUUUUAGCAAACCCAAUUUAAUUUUUCGACAGGAAUUAAGUAAUAAUAAUUCAAUUUAUUGAUAGAAAAUAUUUUGUGAUAGUUUUUAUAUUUCGAUUUAUUCGGGCCAAUAUUUUAAGGCCGUUGUCUAAACGACAAAAUAGAAGAAUAUAAUCAUUUAGACAUAAUUUUAAAUGCAUUAAUUGUGUUUUACGUGUGUUUGUCUUUCGUAAAUAUUUCGUGCAAUUUCUCUAGAAUAAUUUAAACUAAAUUGUUUUGAAAAUUGUGACCUAUUUUCAUAUUGUGGUACAUCUUGUAUUAAUGGAAGUUGAAAAAGGUAAUUUUGCUCUGUUGCCUUCGUUUCAUUUUCAAGACACGACCUUCGGUUUCGACUUACACACAUUAAAUAUGCUUUGUUUGAAAGCAUUUAUUUUACUUUUUAGUGAACGUUUUAAGUAAUUAUUUAUGUAACUUGUUACUAUGGAACUAAACCAUCAAGCGUAGGAGAACAAAUUUUGAAAAUUCCUAAAAGUACUUUUUAGUUUUAAAAAUAUCUCUUUUGAAGUAAAACGUUAUUAAAGUGUGAACAAUUUUU